AGUCCAAUUGUAAUGAUGGCUUUACUGUUUGUAAAUUAAUUAAAUCAAAACUCUUUGGCUUUGGCUCUGCAAAUCAUAAUGAAGGAGGCGGGAUUAGGGGGCUCUGCCUGGGAAGCGAAACUCAGGGCAGCAUUUCCCAGCAUGCACCACGAAAGAUUACUGUUAGCAAACAUGACAUCAAGCUAGCGAGGUAAAUGUCAACCGAAGAGAAAAACAAGAGUUGAAUGAGAAGAUUUUGACGGAGGUAAGUCGCAACAACACACCGCUAUGUGUCUCCGUAAACAUCCAGCGUUAGUUAACUGCUUUUUACUUCACUGACUGACAUCAUGUCCGCAGCAGGGCGACAUGCUGUGACUGCUCGGUGUCCUCCAGGAGCAGCAACAAUGUUGCCCUCAACCAGCACCUUGGUCAGGUCUGCUGUUAAGCUGCUGCCGCGGCGAAAUUGGGGUCGAGGAUGUGUCUGGUGCCCGUGCAGAAACAUUUCUGUGAAACCAGGAGGGUUGAAACCAAAGACAGUUCCACCUCGGUACCUGGGCCAGCCCAGCCCUUAUACUCAUCCACACCUCAUCAAACAUGGUGAGGUGACUCGAGGCUUGAGCCAGACAGAAUACGAGCUCCGCAGACACCGGCUGACCUCACUUAUCGAGGCCCAUUCAGACAGGCUGGGACCCUCUGCCUCCUCUAGCACCCAUGUGGUCAUCGUGUUGUCCCAUCCAACCCGCUUCAUGACCAAUGACAUCCCUUACCCCUUCCACCAGAACCAGGAUUUUCUCUACCUCAGUGGCAUCCUAGAGCCUGACAGUGCUCUGGUUCUUUAUGGGAAAGGACGACCAGACCAGACCAUCUUGUUUGUCCCCCGCAGAGACCCGGGGAGAGAGCUGUGGGACGGGCCUCGUUCAGGGAAGGAUGGGGCGGCUGCUUUGACUGGCAUAGAGAGAGUUCAUUGCACAGAAGAACUAGGUGUUGUGCUCAAGAGCCUUAAAGGCACUGUGCUGUGGUACAACAGUUCUCAGCCCGCCCACCCUCGGCUCCACCAGACUCAUGUGGGUCCCGUGCUGGAGGCGGGGUCGAUGCCGCACUCUCUCAGGCCCCUCAUACACUCUCUUAGGGCCGUCAAGAGCUCAGCAGAGGUAGCGCUCAUGCAAGAAGCAGGUCACAUCACAGCACAGGCUUUUAGGAGGACGAUGGCUCUGUCUCAAGGAGAUGUGGAUGAAGCUGUGCUCUUUGCUAAGUUUGAUUUUGAGAAUCGGAUCCAUGGCGCCAACUUCCUGGCUUAUCCCCCUGUUGUUGCUGGUGGGAAUCGAGCCAAUACUCUGCACUACAUAAACAACAACCAGAUUAUCAAGGAUGGAGAAAUGGUGCUGCUAGAUGGUGGUUGUGAAUACUUUGGUUACGUCAGUGAUAUUACUCGAACGUGGCCAGUAAAUGGAAAGUUCAGUCCUGCCCAGGCAGAGCUGUACGAGGCCGUCCUGGAGGUCCAGCGUUCCUGUUUGUCUCUGUGCUCAGCGGGCGUCAGCCUUGAUCACAUCUACAGCACCAUGCUGGCUCUGUUGGGACGACAGCUCAGGAGGCUAGGCAUCGUCAAGGCCAGCACCAGCGACGCUGAUGUGUUAAAGGCUGCACGACGGUACUGCCCCCACCACGUUGGCCAUUACCUGGGCAUGGACGUCCACGACACUCCUGAGCUGUCCCGGUCACAACCUCUACAGCCAGGAAUGGCCAUCACCAUCGAACCAGGGCUGUACAUCUGUGAGGACAAUGACCAGGUGCCAAAGCGUUUUCGCGGCCUGGGGGUCAGGAUUGAGGAUGAUGUGGUGAUCCAAGAUGAGGGAGGCCCUCUGAUUCUGUCCUCUGACGCACCCAAGUCCGUCCCUGAUGUAGAGAAGGCCUGUGCCCAGAGAUAGGGAAGGGAGAGACAGACAAGUGACCAAAUGAGCCACGGCAUUCAUGGCAGGCAGUGUGUCACCCUUUUUCGACCGUCUCCACGGUGGUGACAUCAUCAAGCUCAGGGCCCAGGUACAUGAAAGGUGGGGGCACACAGCAACUUGCAUCAAGGCCUCAAAAAUGUAGAAAUCUGGUGUGGAAGAUCGUUAAUAUUUGUUGUCUACGCUAAACGUUUAAAAAAAACAGUUUCAUGUUUGUGAAUGAUUAUGAAGAGCUCAUCAACAAUAAAGCGCGGAUUUAGUUGUGUGUUAGGCUGCAUUCACACCAAAUUCGGCGUUGGGUAGUGCGCCCAAUUGGGAGCGCUUAAAGGACCAAUCUGUGUCACCAUUGUGUUCACCGGGGUGCUAGCUUUUAGCCAUGCUGCUAGUAUUCCAGGUCCUACAAGUGUUUCUCCUUCUGUAUCAACGGAUU